UAGCUUUAGAUGGGGGCUUCAAUGUCAACUGGUCCGACGCAAUUGAAAACCGUCGUGGAAUUGAUAUUGCGGUGUGUUUAGGUCGUGUUUCGAUUCUUAAAAUUCUAUUGAACCAGGUGAAUGUGGAAGUUGAGUAUUCUGACAAGUGGGGCUUCACUGUACAGGAUAAAAUAGAAAUGUUAAAGAAAAGAAUAGAUGUAUUAGAACCUAAAAGGCAAAUCUCACCUAGAAUAUUAGACGAAAUGGCAGAUUGGAUCAAAAGCAAAGCUAGUAGUAAAUAACCGCUUUUUCCCAAUCUAAACGUGAUAUCCUCUUUGACUGUAUUUAAAUUUGCUGUAUAAAUUUCCUUGUUGUUGCCUAUUUCAUAAAAUACUUACUCCUCAUUGAGAUUUUUCGCGAUUAUGAAUCAUCAAAAUAGUAAUAUACCAGGCGGUCAGCAACAGCCACAGCCACAGCAACAAAUGACUCCACAGCAAUUAGCUCAACAACAGUUGUUGGCGCAACAGCAAUUGAAUCAAGUGCAACUAGGCCAACAGCAAAUGCCUCCUCAACAGCAACAGAUGGCACAACAGCAGUUAGCACAGCAGCAAAACUUUUUAAACGGUAUAAACAUGGGAAAUGAUACACCCAAUGCUAAUUGGCGCGAAGAGCUGUCUGUACAAGACCGCGCGAAAUUUGUCACGCAGUUGGGAAACGCUUUGAAACACUUAUCACCCACUACUCCUGAUGCGGAUAUAUUUGCAGCUGCUAAAAAUUUUGAGUUAACUCUGUAUACCAAAAGCACAAGCAAGAACCAAUACAUUUUGGCAUUCGCAAGGAAAUUCCAUCAGAUCAAAUUUCAGUUACAAAGUGUAAAUGGGGGCGUUCCCAUGUUGAACGAUGGUCAACUUCAAUUAAACUUAAAUACCCUUGCAGGGGGGCAACAAAUGUCUCCUUUAUUGCAACAGCAACAGCAAGCUCAACAGCAGCAAGGUCAAGCACAAGGCCAGCAAAACCUUCCCGCUGCAAUGAAUAUGAACCAACAGCAACAACAACAACAGCCGCAGCAAGUUCCUCAACAGGCCAUGAAUAAUCAAAAUCAACAGAUGAGACCUACUAUGUUCCCACAACAAAAUAUGAUGCAAACUAGGCCGCAACAACAACAACAACAAUCUGGCCAACAGCAGCCACAGCCAUCGCAACAACCGCAAACUGGUACACCUAUACAAAAUGCAGCACAAACUCAACAACAAAGAGCUCAACAGCAACAAGCACAAAUGCUUGCUUUACAAAGAAUGGCUGCCAAUGCGGCUGGAAAUAAUAGUAAUGUUGGCGUCAAUGGUACGCCACCGAUUCCUUUAAAUGUAUUACAAAACCUUAACAUCAAUGCGUUACAACAAGCUGGUUUAAAUCCUCAACAAAUUCAAGCAGUCAUCGCUCGUCAACUUGCGUUACAGCAUCAACAACAACAGCAGCAACAACAGCAACAACAGCAACAACAGCAGCAACAGCAGAAUCAGCAGCAGCCUCAACAGCAACCAGGUAAUGCAGAUGGGUCAAAUAUGAUGAACAUGAACAAUCAAAAUUUGCGCCCUCCCGUGUCGUCUGGUAAUACAUCUACCUCACCCAUGCAGCCAAAUAAUUUUAUGGUGAACCCGCAACAGCAAUUGCAACAGCAACAAUCGCAAUUGAAUCCUGAGCUUUUGAUGCAACAAUUACAAGCACAACAAGCUCGUGCAACACAGCAGAUUCAACAGCAACAGCAGCAACAGAAUCAACAAGCUCAAGCUCAAGCUCAGGCUCAAGCUCAGGCUCAAGCUCAGGCCCAAGCUCAACAGAAAGCCCAAUUAGAAGCGCAACAGAAAGCUCAACAGUUAGCGCAGCAGCAACAAGCCGCUCAGGCCGCUCAACAGCUUGCUCAACAGCAGCAGCAACAACAACAACAGCAACAAUUACAGCAAAAUACUGCUCAGUCACAACAGCAAACACCACAAGUUUCAGCUGCUAAUGUGCAAUCUGUACCAGUUGGAUCUCAACAACAACCUCAGCAAGGACAACCUCAGCAACAACAGCAAUUUUCAGGACCAGCUAAUUUGAAUGCUCAACAAAGAGCGGCUGCUUUGGAGCUUGUUCGCAAAUUAGAUGAGAACAUUCGCAGUACGAGAGUGCGUGGUAAUCCUGUUGAAACUUUAUCUGAACAAGAAAAGCAAAAUAUCCGUGAUCAAAUCUUUGCUAUGAAGCCACUUUACGACAGAGUUGAUAGUUUACUACCUGUCUUUCUGGCACUCACGUCUAAUAUAGAAGCAACAAAAAGACUCAUUUUAAUGAAGUAUAUGUACGAGGAUCAAUUAAAUUUGUUGAAUCAGAAUAUGUACAUCAUCACUGUGGAGAAUUUGAACAAGUUGAGAGAACAGUUUACCGGAUAUUAUAGUUGGGUACGCAAUCAAGUCGGAAACCAGCUUCAAAUUUUACCUGCGCAAUUGCAUAGUCAGAAUUUUGAUAACAUGCAAAUGGGUACUACUGAAAUGACUCAGCAGCAGCAACAACAAGCUAUCGCUCAACAGAAUACCCAAAAGCAAACCCCACAGUUACAAUCACAACAGUUGCAACAGCAACAGCAAUUACCACAGUCUCAAUCAUCACAGAAUCAAUCUCAACAAAUACCCAAUCAGCAUCAACAAUCAAAUACUCCACAAAUGAAUCAACAGAAACAAGGACCGACACCUCAAAUAAUCAAUAUGUCCUUACCUGCUCAAACCACCAAUAUGUCCACACCUGUACUGCAAAAUACUGCGCAAGCGUCUCUUAAGCGUCCUAGCAUUGAUUUGAAAUUGCCACCUUCAAAAAAACGUUCAGCACAGUCGCCUGCUUUAUCUGCUGCAGGAACACCGCAACAGAGGCAAGCGCAGAUUUCUUCACCUCAACAAAGUCGGCUUCAGCAAGCAAGCCCUGUUGUUUCUAGUCCAGCUAAUCAAGCUAACGCUGCUUCCGUACAUCCUACAGUUUCACCACAACCAUCACAGGUGCAACAGCAACAGCAAAUACAGAAUCAGCAACAACGUACUCCUCAACAAAUGCAAGCGCAGAUGCAACAAUUGAAUACCCCUCAACAACAGCAGUCUACACCUGCUAAUUUGGGAGCUGCUGCCACUACUGCAGGUACUGCCACUAAUCGGGCUGGUGGGGGGUUGAGUAGUCAGGCAACAUCACAAAUGAUUUAUCAAGCAGCGAUUGCUAGUGGACUUCCGCCUGCAAUUGUCAAUCUAUUAGAUACACGUGCCCUUCAAUGUUGUUGGUUAUUGCAACAGGUAGCGCAAAAUCGAAUUAGUUUAGCACCUCAACAAAUACAACAAAUACGUACUAUGCUGGCAGAACGCGUAGAAGCGGCCCGACAACAAUUAACUCAACAAGCUUUGCAACAACAACAACAACAACAACAACAGCAGCAGCAAGCACCUCAAUUGCAACAGCAACAGCAACGGCAACAGCAACAAGCACCUGGUACGCCUCAACAGCAACAACAGCUGCAUUCUUUACAGCAGCAACCGUCACCUGUACCGCCUCAGCAGCAACAAACGCCACAAAUUUCUGCUCAGCAAUCAACUGUUGCUAAUACUCCUCAAGUGAUGCAACAACAAUUGCCACCUCAUUUGAUCGCUCAACAACAACAGUUGCACCAAAAGGCUCAAGGUCAGUCAUCUUCCCAAGCGCCACACAAUCUACUACAGCAACAACAACAACGACAACUGCAGCCACAACAAUCCCCACUUGCCAAAGCAAUGCAGCAACCAGUGCAAGUACAGCAACAAAACAAUCCCGCAUUAGUAUCUUCUGUAAAUCAAUCCGGAGACCAACUGAAAUUAGAUACCAAGCCUAGGACUUCUCAACAAGCUGCGCAAAUGAUGCAACUAUUACAGCAGCAACAACAACUUCAGCUUCAACAACAACAGCAAAUGCAACAGUCGAAAUUGCAGCAACAGCAACAGCAACAGAAGAUACCCCACGGUUUGCCCCAGCAACAACAGCAAGUUCAGCAAUCACCUUCUGCAAAUGCCAAACUACCAGCUCAAGUUGAUGUUCCAACUACUACUGGCAUGCAAUCUCCUAAGCUUCCAAUUAUGAUAGCUUCCACAACUCCUCAGCAACAAUCCGUAGUUACUGCUUUGAGGCCAGGUAUGACACCUGACGGAAAAGUUAUCAAUGCUAUGAUGUAUGCCAAUGAUGUUCUUAAGGAUGUGGAGAUGAUUUUAUCUCGUCAACAAGAACCUAAGAAACAUAAGCAACCAUUGGUAGCAAAGGAGAUCAAUUCACGAAGUGCCUUGUUAUUUGAGCCCUUUCAUCUCGUCAGUGAUAGUAGCGAUCUCGAAGACAAUGAAGAAGAACAGUCAUUACCAUCAUUAUCAGAGACAACUUCUUCAUCUGUUUUGCAGAAAACGGAAGGUCAUUUAGAAGACACUGUGCAAGGUGGAAAAGAAGAAAAUAAGAGGAAGAAAGAAUUAACUGCAGAAGAUGUCAAAGGUGUUUGGUAUGAGCCCGGCAUGGAUACAGGUAUCCCUGAACUUUGGGAAAUUUUUUCAGGAUUCACAGAGGAUCAUUACGAGAAAUGGAAGGCAGAAAACCCUUCAUUGGUGACUGGAGAAUCACUUUUCAGCCAACCCAAAGAACUUCCAUAAAUUUUUGAUCUUGUAACUGACUAUCCGAAAUCAAUUAAAUCAAAUUAAGAUAUUCCUCAACCCCUCUUUUCUCAAAAUUAAGAUGCAUACUCUGCUUUAUCCAAU